AGGGCCCAAAAGGAAAGAAAGGAGCCCAAGCGAGGAGAGCGAGGAGCACCUGGACCAAAGGGAUACACGGGACCUCCUGGUAUCCAGGGUAACAUUGGACCUUGGGGUGAGGUCGGGACACCUGGUCCUCCAGGUGACAAAGGAAUGCAAGGUCAACUUGGGCUAGAUGGAGUAACUGGUUAUCCUGGUAAAGAUGGGCCUCAAGGACUAAUUGGAUCGACUGGUCUUAAAGGCGACAAGGGAUCCAGAGGAGCUGUAGGACAGAAGGGAGUUGAUGGUCUCGAUGGUGAGGAGGGCCCAUUUGGACUUAUGGGACCAAGAGGACCAGCUAACCAAAAGGGCCUUCCAGGUGACAAGGGAAAUGCCGGACCCACAGGGCCAAAUGGAGUAAAAGGAAAUGAAGGCGAAAGAGGAAACCAAGGGUCACAAGGACCAAAGGGGCCACCGGGGAAGCAGCAGGGAUACAGAGGUCCCCCAGGAGACGUAGGACAACAAGGAUUUCCAGGGCCUAAAGGAGAAACAGGCCCCAGAGGUACAGCAGGAAUACCCGGACGGUUUGGACCUGGAGGAAACACUGGAGCAGCAGGAGUCAAAGGGCAGAAAGGGCCCCAGGGACACACGGGCCCUCCUGGAAGGAUCGGCCCUGCUGGGCAAUUAGGACCGGUUUUAUCUGGCUUAUCAGGCAUGAAAGGAGAUGAGGGCAAAGCAGGAAAGCCUGGACAAAAGGGCAGUCAUGGGGUGAAAGGCAUAACAGGUCCUUCAGGCAUUAAAGGAGACAUGGGUGCAAGAGGACAAAAGGGGGCAAAGGGUGAAACUGGGAAACAUGGUGCAAUGGGCACUGCAGGAAAAUUAGGGGCUGUUGGGGCUCCAGGAGCUAAAGGUCGACCUGGACCUGUUGGACUCCCUGGUUUUCCAGGAGUCAAAGGGAUUCAGGGGUCAAAGGGGGAAAACGGCCAGUCAGGACGAAAGGGAUCCAAAGGAGCUCCUGGUAAUAUUGGAUCUGAAGGCGAGAAAGGGAAUCAUGGACCACCUGGAACACCUGGAAAACCAGGCUUGAGUGGCUUGGAUGGUUUACUGGGGGUUGAGGGUAAUGAAGGGUAUCCGGGGGAUUUUGGUUUAAGAGGAGCUCCUGGAGCCCCAGGCCCCCCAGGCGAGACAGGAGAACCUGGAUCUCCUGGGAUCAGAGGACACACUGGUGCUAUAGGGGUUAAGGGUAAACCUGGUCCAACUGGAGCAAAUGGACCUCCUGGACCAGUUGGGCCAAAGGGAAUCGCUGGACUAAGAGGAGAAAAGGGUGAAGCAGGCAAUGAUGGAGCACAGGGUCUUUCGGGGGAUAUUGGGAUGCCAGGACCCGUUGGUCUGUCAGGGCUAAAGGGAAGUACUGGUUUGCAGGGCCUAACAGGUCAAACUGGUCAGAAAGGAAAACAGGGGCAAAAAGGGCUUGAGGGGCCACCAGGGCAGAGCGGCGCACCUGGAUUUACUGGCCAACUUGGAGAAAAGGGCAUCAAGGGUUUCCAAGGAGACAGAGGACCAAAAGGGGUAAAAGGCAAGCCUGGACCUCCUGGACAACCAGGAUCACCAGGCAGGCUCAGAGGAGAUCUGCCAACUGAACAAAGGCACAAAUCGAGAUCCAGUAAAAGGCACACGCAAAACAAUUCUCAACAAUCAUUUUCUCUCCAAAAACAAGAUGGAAAAAUACUCCAGGAUCCUCUGAUGUCAAGGUGGUCUGAAGACAAGGAAGCUGAGGAAUCAUCCACUUUGUCAUUAGGAACAAAAAAUAACCCUGGCACUACCUGCUAUGAAUUGAAACUUGUCCGUCCGUAUCUGGAAGACGGUUAUUUUUACAUGGACCCCAAUCAAGGCUGCACAUGUGAUGCUGUCAAAGUCUUCUGCAACUUCACAGCAGGAGGAACGACCUGCAUAGGUCCCCGAAAUCCACAGAUUAAAAUGAGUCAGAAACCAGAUAUGGAUCAAAAGAUGUCGAUGCUGUGGUUUAACCAACAACAAAAUGGACACAAAUUUGAGUAUACUACUCUGGACGUUGUGCAGCUGAGGUUUCUGAGAUUCCACAGUCAGACUUCUGUCCAGCACGUCACUCUCAGAUGUACAGGAAACCAGUCCAGUCCCACAACCAUGGCCAGUUUGACUGUAUACCUGCGGGGAGAUUCUGGCCAAGUCAUUGAUUCACGCCUCAUUACAGCUUCCAGAAAAACAUGUGAGGUCGAGAUGGUGGUGAAGGUCCGAGGUAGCACAGAAAUGUAUCAAGGAGACAUGGAGUUACUUCCUGUUAGAGAUCUGGGAAUAGAGCUCAAUAGUCCUCCUAGCUUUAUUUCUGAGUUCUCUGUAGUUUUGGGACCCAUCUGCUUCUUGUGAGCAAUAUAUUGUGUGUGUGUGUGGGGGGGUCAGAUUAAUCAGAGUUUGAUUGUAAAAUAAUAUAUAUAUAAAAUAUACUGUAUAUUAUCCAUAUAGUAUAUGAAUUGUAUCUAUUUAUUUUGAUUUAAACAUUUUUUCUUCAUCUUAAAUUUAUUAUGUUUGAUCAAACACGU